CCGGGAUUUGCGAGCUGCAGCGUUCAAGAGAGGCCACCAGGUGAGGGGGACCCCCGGCUGUAGCCCAGGUCGGGGUCCCCCGCCACAGGGUCUGAGGUCCGGCGUCCUCGUUCCUCCCAGCUCAGGCGUCCUGGGUCCAGCCUUGCGAGCGGUUACUCCGCGCGCUGACGGCAGGACGGCGCUUGGGAGCGCGGUGCACGCGAGAGGAAGGGGACAUUCUGAGCAGUUAAGCUGAGCUCCCUGCGGGCCCGCGAGCGAACACUGCGCCCGGCCGAGCCCAGCUUAGAAAACACGGAAGGGAGGAUUUCCGCGGAGCCGGAGGGGCGCGGCGCGCGCCCGCCUGCGCAUGCUCGGUGCCGUCCCUGGCUGGUCCUAGUCCGGCGCGGCGCGGCGGCGGCAGCGGAUCCCUCCGCCCGCAAUGGCGGCCCCCAGGACGCCGGGGGGCUCGGUUCUGAAAGAUGUAGUGGCUUAUGUUGAGGUGUGGUCAGCCAAUGGAACAGAAAAUUAUUCAAAGGCAUUUAGAAACCAACUUGUGGAUAUGGGGGCAAAGGUUUCAAACACUUUUAACAAACAAGUGACUCACGUGGUGUUUAAAGAUGGGUACCAGAAAACCUGGGACAAAGCACAGAAGAGAGGCGUAAAGCUCAUUUCAGUGCUCUGGGUUGAAAAAUGCAGGACGGCUGGAAUGCACGUCGAUGAAUCACUGUUCCCUGCCACCAACACUCGUGAACACUUACCGCGCCUGAUGAAAAAGAAACGUAAGUGUAUGCAACCCAAAGAUUUUGUUCCUAAAACACCAGAAAAUAAUAAGAGACUUCAAAAGAAAUUUGAGAAAAUGGCCAACGAGCUGCAAAAGCAAAAAACGACUCUAGACAAUGACAUACCUGUUCUUUUAUUUGAUUCCAAUGGUUCGUUGAUGUACAGUCCAACCAUUAAAAUGUACUGUGGUCAGCACAGUGCAAUGGAGAAGAGAUUACAGGAGAUGAAGGAGAAAAGGGAAAAUCUCUCCCCUACCUCUUCCCAAAUGAUUGGAAAGUCUUAUGAUAACCCAGUUAACUCUUCGUGUGAAGUAUCUUUGAAUAUUUCACAUGAUACUUCGUGUUCAGAUAAAUCCUUUGCUGGUGAUCUGCACUUAUCUUUUGAUGAUCUUUGUGGAAACUCAGGAUGUGGGAAUCAGGAAAGGAAAUCGGGAGGAUUCGUUGAUGCAAUUGAAAGUGAUAUGCAUGUUUCUUCACCUGUGUUGAAAACAAACACUAUUCAUCCAUCAGCAUCUCCCCCGUGCCUCAGUCAGUUAACGCCUCAGAAAUCCAUGCACAAGCUUUCAGAGGAAGAGAUGCGAGGUCCUGAAGGCCAAGGGGUCGGCCCUGACAAGACGCAGUCUGAGGGAGCGGCUGAAGAGAUGUUUGGUGAGAAGGAGGGUUUGUCUCCCGUGUUAUCUGCAACAACAGGCCGCUGUGUAGGACAUUUACGUCACAGGAGCUCCUCAGCAAAGAGAAAAAGAACGUCAGAGCACUUCCAUUCCCCUGCAAAAAAGAGACGAAAGGAAAAGAGCAGCAGGAGGUCGGGCAGGCCCAAACUGCAGCUGUUUAAGCCAGAAAGCAGCCCACAGCUCCGCAGCAGCUGUGCUGUCCAGAGUCUGGACUGGGAGGGGUCCUCGUACGACGAUUACUUCUCACCUGAUAAUCUUGAGGAAAGGAGUUCAGAGAAUCGUCUUCCUGGGUGUCCGUCGUCAUCAAGCCCUGCUCAGUUCCGCUGCAGAUUUGGUCUUUCUAAGAGGGAGAGAGCAAACGUCUUGGAAAUGUCUGAUUUUUCCUGCAUUGGUAAGAACCCCAGACCAGGUGACAUGACCAAUUUAACAGCAAACACCAGCUCCAGUUUUCAGAAACCGAGAGAUAAUGAAGCAAAUACAACUUUGGGUUGUACGACUCCUGAGCAGACGUCUGCUGCUGAAGAAACUGCAGGGUGUUGUCGACCUGCUGAUGCUCAGAAAGGAGGGGUGUGCCCUGACGGAAGUAACUCUGCUUACACCAUCGGUGAACUCCCGUGUCAGAAAGGACCUCACAGUGAUGUCACGCCCUUGGAUGGAAGCAAUAAAGCAGUGAAAGAAGUGGAUGACAUAAAAAGCAUGCAGAAAGAAGAUACCACUUCUAGAACAUUGAGUCCCUCUGAAGGUGUUAAAAAUGGACCAGGCCGGCGUGGUGGUGUAGAAGGUUCAUGGGAAGGCUGCAGGGACCUCAUCGGAUCUCACGAGGAAUCAGAGAGGAGAAGCCAAGGCCACAAGCCAACAAGAACAUUAGUCAUGACAAGCAUGCCAUCUGAAAAGCAGGACAUCGUCAUCCGGGUUGUGGACAAAUUGAAAGGCUUUUCCUUGGCCUCUGAAGUGUGCGGAACCACCACUCACGUGCUGGCAGGGAAACCCCUGCGCACGCUGAACGUGCUGCUGGGCGUUGCGCGUGGCUGCUGGAUUCUCGCCUACGAAUGGGUACUGUGGUCUUUGGAACUGGGUCACUGGAUUUCCGAGGAACCAUUUGAACUUUCUGACUCCUUCCCUGCAGCUCCUCUCUGCCGUCUGGAGCGCCGUUUGUCUGCGGGGAGGUACCGGGGGACCCUGUUUGCCGACCAGCCGGUGAUGUUUAUCUCCGCAGCCAGCGACCCCCCCAGAGCCAAGCUGUGUGAGCUGGUCCGCCUAUGCGGGGGUCGGGUCACGUACGUCCCUCGCCAGGCCAGCGUCUUCAUCGGGCCCUCCCGAGGAAAGAAGAAGGCGACACUCACGUACCUGUCGGAAAGGUGGAUAUUAGACUCAGUCACUCAGCACACGGUCUGUGCCCCUGAGAACUACCUGUUACAGCAGUGACGGAGACGCCACUCCAGCAGCCCCAAAGUUCUCUUUGGACAUUCACGUGACAAACUUGUGAACUUGUGAAGAGAAGGACCUGACCCAGACGGGAAGCCUCUUUAUAUUGUCAUUUGUUCGCCUGAGUGUUGUGGGUUUUAUGUAAAGAAAGCCCUUUGUGUGCCUGUCUGAUGACAGAGCGUGUGUUUCAGACAUGCGCUGACUCACGCUGUCAGGGCUUUUUCUGUAUAAUGUCAGUCUUCGUGUCUUAGUAAUGAUUGUAACCAAAAGGUCACAGAACCUUCAUCAUUCACUUGUUAAAUAAACAGGGAGAAUUAGUUUCAGUCAUUUUAUCCCUGAGAACAAUCAGAGAAAACCCUAAGUUUCUUGGUUACACUCUGAGAUCUUUAUCCCGUGUCAUGUACUAGGUCAGAAGGAUGCUGGUCUGUUAUUCAGGAUACUUUCUAUGUACCUGAGAUUCCACACACGGUGACUGAUGAGGAGCGCCGUGCGGUGGGAAUUGGUGCCGUGGAGCAGCCUUCCUUCUCCACGCUGAGCGUAUGGUGAGGACAGCAGCCCCCACAAGAAGUGUCAGCAUCCACUGUGCACAUGGAUGCUAGCUGUCCCCUGGAGGAAACCGCCGUGGGACUGAAUCACACACAUGCCUGUCCGUCACGCUAAAUCCUGAAGAGUCUGAAGGUGCCACUAAGAUGCUACUGUCCCCUCUCCACGUUGUGACUGAUCUCAGCUGUGAUUCCUACCUCAAAUAUCAGUCUCUCAGCUAGUAUAAUGGAUCCACCUCUAGAAUAAACCUUUAAGAAAAGAGAUGGCAGUCCACAUGGAAAUAAUGAAGGGUGUUCUCUUGGUUUAAAAAUAAUGUGCAACACAAAUAAUGCCCUCACAGCGCCAGGCCACAACAACAGCCGGACCUCAGGCCCUUCCUGUCAUGUGACACACGCUCAUUCACUGUGUUCCCCAAGCAGCCUGGGCCUGGCCACUGCGAAGCUCAGGGACACCAGCAGAGCUCCUAUGACACCAACAAUUCCUGAGGAGACUGACCAAAAUUGUGCUGAAUCAUGCUGGGGACAAACCACAAAGAACUUCCCAUCCCCCCAUCCAUACACCAGCCAUCGAGUGCCACCAACCCUCUGUCCACUCCUGCAUCCUCGGGACUGAGGUCUGGGCCCUGCGGCUGGCCUGCCAGUGGCCACUCCAGAGUCUCUUUCUAAAAGCGAACAAUUGAUGAGGACACUGAUUUUUGCCAAACAACACGCUAAGCAUUUUAUACAUGGGACCUCACUGAAUCCUCCCACUAAUCCUAAAAGUUACUACAGCCCUGCAGUUCCUUACGCAAAACACAAAGGGCUAAAAGUGUUUCAGAAGCCGGUUGUUUUUUAAUUUUCAAAGGUAUAGGACUUUGACCAUUUCUAAUCAACAUUGUAUUGAAAAUUCUAUCCAGAGAAGAUGGCAAGAAGAAGAAAUUAAAGGCAUACAGAUUAGAAAUGAAGAAGUAACACUGUUCUCCGAUCACAUGAUACUAUAUGUAAAAAUUAUAAGGCACCAAAGAAAACAUUAGAAUAAGCAACUUUAGCAAGAUUACAGGAUACAAAAUCAAUAUAGCAAACUAAAUUAAUUGUAUUUCUAUAUACUAUCAAUAAACAAUUUGAAAAUGAAAUUAAGAAUACAAUUCCAUUUAUAAUGGCAUCUAAAAAUAAGCUACGUAGGAAUAAAUUUAACAAAAAUAUAAGGCCUGUAUACUGAAACCUACCAAACAUUGCUGAGAGAAAUUAAAGAUCUAAAUAAGUAGAGAAAUAUACCAAGUUCAUGUUUUAGAAGACAGUAUUGAUAUGAUGACAAUUCUCCUCAAGUUGAUCUAUAGAUUCAAUGUAGUCAUCAAGGGAUACAUAAUCCAGACAGAAAACCAAUUAAAAAAAAUCCGCCUCAAAUGACACAUUUGUAGAGAUGGACUUAACAGACAUUUACAGAACAUCCUUUCCUAAAGCAACAGAAAAUGCAUUGUUCUCCAGCAAACAUGGAACAUUCUCCAGGUUAGAUCAUAUGUUAGGCCGCAAAACAAGCCUUAAUAACUUGAAGAACAUUGAAGUUAUAGCAAGUAUCUUUUCCAACCACAACAGUAUGAAACACGGAGUCAGCAGAAUAUCCGUAUCUUCAAUCCCAGUCAUUAAUCUUAAGAAAAUUUUCUUUAAAAAGAAAAAUGACAAGUACCUAAAGAUUCUCAUUACAGCAUUAUUCAUAUUGAAAAGUACAUAACUGGGAACAAUUAAAUAUCCAAUAGUAUGGAAAUAAUUUAGCAGGUUAUUACACAUCAGUCUGAGGAAAUACCAGGCAGCGUUACAAAUUAUAAUCAUGAAGACUGAUACAGUGUAGGAAAUUUUUAUAAUAUGAAAUAAAAAGAUACAAAAUUAUAUUUAUACUGCAGUCAGAACCAUACAAAAUUACGCAUGAUUAGCGAAACUAUACGAAGGUGACAUAGAGUCGUGAUUUGAGUGGGUGGGGCAGCUGGACCAUGAUUAAUUUUUGUAUUUGAUUUUUGUUUGUGUUACAAUGUUUUUUGGUAAUAUUACUAAUAUUUUGAAAAGAAAAAUUCAGGCACCUACCUAUUCAAACCAAUUGCAAUCAAAGCCUUAUUUGCAUAGCAGUUUGCAUGCUGAAUUUUGGUGAUCUCCUGUUUCUUCGUGUACAUGUCAGUCCAAGUUUCUUUUGCUGAGUUAUGUAAUCACCCAACGCCUCAGUUUCCUCAUCUCUAAAAUGGCGGUGUUCACACCUCCUCAGAAGCCCUAGGGGUCAGGUUGCUCUACUCAUAAAGUUCUUUGCAAACUGAAAAUUAACAUCCAGUCAACCUGUCAUCUCUCUGCUGCCUUCUCACAAUCCGGUCAUUCUUCCCCUUCUUCACACCUUCCUGUUCUUUAUUUUUCCACAUUCAACUCAAUUCCUUUGCCUUCUCAUCCACUGUCCCUCCCCCCCAAUUUUUCCCAUCCUUCCUGGAGGUCAGAAUGGGUGU